AUUGAUCGAAAGGGAUAUAUAGUUCCAAACUUAAAAAAUCAUCAACACGAUGACCGUUAAGAACGGCGACAUCGUCAAGGACGAUGUGAAUUCGCGAUCGCAGUACAAAACUAAUAUAGUCCUGAGCACCAAAUUAGAGGAUUCGGAACGAGAUCGCAAGAGUUUUGAGCCCAACAAAUCGAAAAAGAAGUCGAAGCAUGACGAUGCGGAUGCGAGCGAUGAGAAAGAAGUACGCUUCAAGUACGAGGAGGAAGUGAAGCAGGUCAGCUACUUCCAGCUCUUCCGAUAUGCCACCACCAAGGAUCGGGGUCUCUAUGUGAUCGGUAUACUGUCUGCCAUAGCCACGGGUUUAACCACUCCCGCCAACAGUUUGAUCUUCGGAAAUCUAGCCAAUGACAUGAUCGAUUUGGGUGGAAUGGCAGCGGGUGGUAAAACCUAUCGAGCUGAUGACGAUGCUGGUACUUUGCUGCUGGACAAAGUGCGAGAGUUCUCCCUGCAGAACACCUACAUCGGUAUCAUUAUGCUGGUCUGCUCAUAUCUCUCGAUCACCUGCUUCAACUAUGCGGCCCACUCCCAGAUCCUCACCAUCCGCUCAAAGUUCUUUCGCUCGAUUCUCCACCAAGAUAUGAAGUGGUAUGACUUCAACCAGAGUGGUGAAGUGGCUAGCCGAAUGAAUGAAGAUCUCUCCAAGAUGGAGGAUGGCCUGGCUGAGAAGGUGGUAAUGUUCAUCCAUUACUUUGUUUCCUUCAUUGGCUCCCUGGUCUUGGCCUUUGUCAAGGGCUGGCAGCUUUCGCUGGUUUGUUUGACCAGUCUUCCGCUGACCUUCAUCGCCAUGGGCCUGGUUUCGGUGGCCACAUCCCGUCUGGCCAAGAAGGAGGUUACCAUGUACGCCGGUGCCGCCGUUGUGGCCGAAGGUGCUCUCUCCGGCAUUCGCACAGUGAAAGCCUUUGAAGGAGAAGCCAAGGAACUGGCUGCCUACAAGGAGAGUGUUGUGGCCGCCAAGCUGCUGAACAUCAAGAGGAACAUGUUCUCUGGAAUUGGAUUCGGUCUACUGUGGUUCUUCAUCUACGCCUCCUAUGCUCUGGCCUUCUGGUACGGAGUGGGUCUGGUGAUCAAGGGCUACAACGAUCCGUAUUACGCAAACUACGAUGCUGGCACCAUGAUCACGGUCUUCUUCUCGGUGAUGAUGGGUUCCAUGAAUAUUGGUAUGGCUGCUCCUUAUAUCGAGGCCUUUGGCAUCGCAAAGGGUGCCUGUGCCAAGGUCUUCCACAUCAUCGAACAGAUCCCUAUUAUCAACCCCAUCGAUGCGGGGGGUAAGAAGUUGAAUGAGCCCCUCACUACGAUCGAGUUCAAGGACGUGGAGUUCCAGUAUCCCACGCGACCAGAGAUCCCCAUUCUUAACAAACUGAACCUGAGCAUUCAUCGCGGACAGACGGUUGCUUUGGUGGGUCCCUCCGGCUGUGGCAAGUCCACCUGCAUCCAACUGGUCCAGCGAUUCUACGAUCCCCAGGCGGGUAAUCUCUUUUUUAAUGGCACCAAUCUCAAGGACAUCGACAUCAAUUGGCUGAGGUCCAGGAUUGGUGUGGUGGGUCAGGAGCCUGUUCUCUUUGGCGUUUCCAUCUACGAGAAUAUCCGUUAUGGACGGGAGGAUGCCACUCGGGCGGAGAUCGAGGCAGCAGCUGCGGCAGCCAAUGCUGCUAUUUUCAUCAAGAAAUUGCCCAAGGGUUACGAUACCCUCGUGGGCGAGCGAGGAGCUCAGUUGUCCGGUGGCCAGAAGCAGAGGAUAGCCAUUGCUCGCGCCUUGAUUCGGGAUCCCGAGAUCCUGCUGUUGGACGAGGCCACCUCUGCCCUGGACACCGCCAGUGAGGCCAAGGUACAGGCUGCCCUGGAGAAAGUCAGCGCCGGCAGAACCACCAUUGUGGUGGCCCAUCGCCUGUCCACCGUUCGUCGGGCGGACAGGAUUGUGGUGAUCAACAAGGGCGAGGUGGUGGAGAGUGGCACCCAUCAGGAGUUGAUGGAGCUGAAGGAUCACUACUACAACCUGGUAACCACCCAGUUGGGAGACGAUGAUGGCUCUGUCCUCAGUCCCACUGGUGAUAUCUACAAGAACUUCGAUAUCAAGGAUGAGGACGAGGAGGAGAUCAAGGUGCUCAGCGAAGAUGAAGAGGAGGAGGAGGAGGUGGCGGACAAGAAGGAUAAGAAGAAGAAGAAGAAGGUCAAGGACCCCAACGAGGUGAAACCAAUGAAGGAGGUGAUGAAGAUGAGCAAGCCGGAGUAUCUGCAGAUCACCGUAGGCUGCAUCUCCUCGGUGAUCAUGGGCUGUGCCAUGCCCAUCUUUGCGGUGCUCUUUGGCAGCAUCCUGCAGGUUCUUUCGGUCAGGGAUAACGAUGAAUAUGUGCGCGAGAACUCCAACCAGUACAGCUUGUACUUCUUGAUUGCCGGCAUCGUGGUGGGCAUCGCCACCUUCUUCCAGAUUUACUUCUUCGGAAUCGCCGGUGAGAGGCUGACGGAACGUCUCCGUGGACUCAUGUUCGAGGCGAUGAUGCGCCAGGAGGUGGCCUGGUUCGAUGACAAGGCCAAUGGAACGGGAAGCCUCUGUGCUCGACUCUCCGGCGAUGCUGCUGCAGUUCAGGGCGCCACUGGUCAGCGAAUUGGAACCAUCAUCCAAUCGAUUUCUACCCUCGCUUUGGGCAUCGGCCUGUCCAUGUACUACGAAUGGAGUCUGGGUCUGGUGGCUUUGGCCUUUACUCCCUUCAUCCUGAUAGCCUUCUACAUGCAGCGCACAUUGAUGGCCAAGGAGAACAUGGGCUCCGCCAAGACCAUGGAGAACUGCACCAAGCUGGCCGUCGAAGUGGUUUCCAAUAUUCGCACUGUCGUUUCCCUGGGUCGCGAGGAGAUGUUCCACAAGAACUACAUAGGCAUGCUGAUCCCAGCUGUUGAGAUCUCCAAGAGGAAUACCCACUUCCGAGGUAUGGUCUAUGGUUUGGCCCGUUCCCUGAUGUUCUUCGCCUAUGCCGCCUGCAUGUACUAUGGUACCUGGUGUGUGAUUAACCGAGGAAUCGAGUUUGGAGAUGUUUUCAAGGUUUCCCAAGCCCUCAUCAUGGGCACAGCCUCAAUUGCCAACGCCUUGGCCUUUGCUCCCAAUAUGCAGAAGGGCGUUUCGGCGGCCAAGACCAUAUUCACGUUCCUCCGCCGCCAACCAACUAUCGUAGACCGACCGGGAGUAUCUCGGGAUCCUUGGCACAGCGAUGGAAACGUUCGCUACGACAAGGUGGAGUUCAGCUAUCCCACGCGCCACGAAAUUCAGGUUCUCAAGGGACUGAACCUAAGCGUAAACAAGGGUCAGAAGGUCGCCUUGGUGGGUCCUUCCGGUUGUGGCAAGUCCACCUGCAUCCAGCUCAUUCAGCGGUUCUACGACGUGGACGAGGGAGCCACUCUCAUCGAUGAGCGCGAUGUGCGCGACGUUUCCAUGAGAAAUCUGAGGAACCAAUUGGGCAUCGUGUCCCAGGAGCCGAUCCUCUUCGAUCGGACAAUCAAGGAGAAUAUCAAGUACGGUGAUAACUCGAGGGAUGUGACCGAUCAGGAGAUCAUCUCCGCCUGCAAGAAGUCCAAUAUCCAUGAAUUCAUCGCUAACCUGCCAUUGGGCUAUGAAACGAGAAUGGGUGAGAAGGGUGCCCAGUUGUCCGGCGGUCAGAAACAACGUAUUGCUAUUGCCAGAGCCCUCAUCCGGAAUCCCAAGAUCAUGUUGCUCGACGAGGCCACCUCUGCUUUGGACGCUGAAAGUGAAAAGGUUGUCCAAGAUGCACUCGAUGCCGCCUCUGAAGGUCGUACUACUAUUACUAUAGCCCAUCGAUUGUCCACCGUUGUCCACUCUGACGUCAUUGUUGUCCUGGAGAACGGAGUGGUUUGUGAGGCAGGAGACCACAAGCAACUGCUCGGCAAUCGAGGACUCUACUACACGCUCUACAAACUUCAGAGCGGAGCCAUGUAG